AUGUCUCCUUUUUCUAACAACCCUAUUAAGCCUGUUGUCACUGGAAUCGUUUAUCUCCUCUACCGUCGCUAUCCCAAUAGCUGGAUUCGUUACAUUAACGUCCCAAUUUUCUUCAAUGCGGCGGGUAAUAUUCCGCCAGCAAAUACUACCCACUAUUCUCUGUGGUUCAUCGUUGGUUUUGCUUUCAACUAUCUCAUCCGCAAGCGCGCGUUCGACUGGUGGAGACGUUACAACUACCUAUUGCAAGCAGCCAUGGAUACUGGGACGGCCAUUGCGACAAUCAUAUUCUUUUUCGCCCUGGGAUACCAUGCUGUCCAAUUCGAUUGGUGGGGGAAUACAGUUGGGUCCAACACGUACGAUGCUAACUCUGUCCCAUGA